ACAGUUAUUAUUGAUUGAACUAUGUAUUGAAUCUUUAUAAAACUGUAUGAGUGCGUCUCUGACAACUAUACCAAAAAUUGACGAAAUGGCAGAACAUACCCCAGCACCUUACAGGCCGAGGGCUGUAUAUGGCAUAUGGCUUGGACGUGUGUUCAGCAACUAGUGAAAAGUUCUAUUUUAAGUUGAAAACAACGGGUGGGACUUUAUUUCGCAAAAUCAAUCAAAGCUCGAUUCACAGCAAAAUGGAAUAUUCCGAAUCUCAACAGAAUGCAAUAAACAUAAGUUCGCUUAUAGAAGAAAAGAUUCGUAAAAACGAGAAAUUUUAUAGUUUUGAGCUUAAUCCAGUAAAGGAACGACAGGAUCAAAUAUAUGAACGAUUUUUUUCAGAAACAAAGCAAUGUUCACCAUUAUUCUAUACAAUAUCCUGGCACCCCAAUAUCGCUGGAAAAGAACAUGCAUCGACGGAUCUUAUAAAAAUUUUACCAAACAAUACGCUCUUGCAUCUUGUGGGCAGAUCUUUAAAUAAAGAAAAUCUAAUAAACAUUUUAAAAACAGCCCUCGCCUGUGGUAAGAUAAAUAUUUUUGCGCUGCGAGGUGGUAAGUGUAUUUUUAGCCUUAUAAUACCUGUAUCAUACAAUCCGAGGAGCGGACUGUUUAUCAAGAUCUUGUCGCCACAAACAGAUUCUGGAUUAGAAAAUGGAGACUUUCUUUACGCAAUUGAUCUCGUAAAAUUUAUUAGGUCCAAAUUUGGUUCAAAGUUUUCUAUAUGCGUGGCAGGAUAUCCUCAAAUGCAUCCAAACUCUCCGACUAAGGAGCUUGAUCUUUUUUACUUAAAGGAAAAAGUUAACGCUGGCGCAAAUUUUAUUAUAACUCAACUGUUUUUCGACGCAAAGGUGUUUAUCGACUUUGUCAAAGAUUGUAGACGAUUUAAAAUAUUGGUACCAAUAAUUCCUGGUAUAUAUCCGAUACCGAAUUUCAAGUCACUCAUCAGAAUGACGAAUAUGUGUAAAUUAGAAAUUCCAAAAAAGGUGUUAGACAUUUUGGAACCAAUACAGGACAAUGAUGAGGCAGUCGCCAAAUUUGGAAUUGAUUUAGUGACUAAUAUGAUCAAGGAGAUAUUUGACAGCAACGUUGCUAAUGGAUUUCAUCUUUUCACUUUUAACAGAUCAUUAUUAGCUUCGGAAGUAUGCAGUCGCGUUGGGUUAUCGGUAAAUUCAGAAACAAAAAUAUCCUGAUGAUAAACUUCAUUGAUUUAUAUUAUAUAUACAGAUGUAUGACUGCUUUUUCAAAAAAGCAUAUAUAUAUAUAUAUAUAUAUAUAUAUAUAGCAAUAAUAUGCAAUAUAAAAAAUACUGUCGAUUUCUCUAUGAAAUUUUAAAAAAAUAAUUAAUAAUGGAAUCACUUAUUAAAAUAAGUGGUUCACGUCAUGCGUAUGUAUAAUGUACGCAUGCUAUAAUCACUAAAGCAAAUAACUGUUAAAGUGUAAACAAAAGUAUGUAAAAGGAUUUUAUUUUUAAGCAAAUAAUCGUAGAUUACAAAAGUUGGAAAAUUUUGCUGCGCAGUAACGUACAAUUUAACCAAGUAUAGAGAUAUUAUACAUUUUUUUUAAUUCA